UCUGACCUAAUCUUAAUCCCCUUUCUUCCCCAUUUCGCCGAUAUAUAUAUACCGGCAACCGUGAUAUUUAAUUUCCUGCGAAUGUGACCGGAAAUGUCUCAUUUCCGCCGUCCUGCAUCUGCUUUUUGAGCUCCUUUUCUUUCCCCACGGUUAAACGGAUAGAUAAAUAACUUGGCGACUAGGAAUUCGAAGCAAAUUUGUUGUUGGGAGAUCGAUUUCCACAUUAACCUAAGAUGACUAGUGUUGAUGAUAUGCCUGAUGAAAUCCUGCGAAAUAUACUGUCUCGACUACCAGCCAAGCCAAUGGGGCAGUCCAGAUGUGUAUCCAAACAUUGGAAUCGUCUGAUUUCUGAUCCCCCUCUUUUAUGAUGUGAAGACCAUCAUCAAGGCUGUUUCUAAGUCAAGAUGCGUCACAUCCGUAUAAUCCUAUGUCUAUCGAAAUUUCAGACGGAAGUAAUGGACCAGUUACAAAUGUAGAAUUUUCAUUGUUCAAGGAUCUUCCGGCUAUUAAAAACUGGGAUGAUAGAUUUGUAACGAUUGUGGGAACAUUCAGAGGAAUUAUCUUGUUGGCUGUCAAGGAUUAUAUUGCGUGGGAGAACGGAAAUAGCUAUAUGCAAGAGCAUAUGAUCUUGUACAAUCCGUUUACCGGGGUACAUGAGGUGUUUAAAGAUCCGUAUUUCCCUUUGCCUGGUGGGGCCCAUGCAUAUGGAUUUGGUCAUGGUGCAACCCCGAAUGACCUGAAACUGAUUAGAUUUAGAAUGUUUACCAGGUCGAAGAAAAGUUGGGAUUCGUGUGAGGUAUUGAAUCUGAAAACACGUUCAUGGAGCCGGCCAGAACUCAUUAGUCCAGAUGGUUACCUUUAUGAUGAUAUAGGUAUCUUUUUAAAAGGCUAUCUGUAUUGGAUGAAUUCUUCGAGGAUCUUGGCACUCGACGUGGAAAAGAUGGUAAUUUCAUUCAUAGGUCAACCUAAUUCAGCUUUUGAUAAACAAAGUUAUCUGGGUACAUGUCAUGGAUGCCUAUGGUUGAUCACGAACACCGACGCCAAGACUCUCAAUUUCGAUGUGUGGGUAAUGGGCGAACAAGGCGUUGGUGACUAAAGCGUGUUCUUUCACUGUAGGUUUGGAACGUCCGGAUUAUUUCUCUUUAUCUCAUAAUAUGAAAAUCACUGAGGACGGAAGAAUUAUAAUGUCUAUAACCACGGAUGAGGAUGAGGAUGAGGAUGAGGAUGAGGAUGAGGAUGGACAUAUGUUUAUCUGUGAUACAUCAAACUACUCGUGUAAGCUGCUAAAGUGUCCAUCAAAAGAAGUAAAGCUGAAUGGGGCUUCAAAUACAAGGAGAGUCUCAUAUCGCCGAGGAAUAUAUGUUGUGUUUGAUAUCUCGUCUUGAUCAUGAUUUUAUGCUAGAAUUUGAAAUAAGUUUGUAAGCUUAUCUAUAUCUACUUUAUGCACAUUUGGAUCUUAUUAUGAAUCUUUAUUUUUAUCUGAUCUA